GAGGGGGCGAGGGAUACUGAGGCCCAGGCAUGGAGCUGCCGGCUCCGGUGCGCCAGCGGCUGGGAAACUUCAGCCGGGCCGUGUUCAGUGAUUCCAAUUGGACCGGUCCAGAGUCCAAUGAGGGUCCGGACGAAGAAAUAGAAGCUCAAAGGGCUUAAAUAAUUUAUAUCAAGUCUGACAUCCAGGGUCACAGAGGUUUGGGGAGCUCAGAUUUGCUUGAACUCUGAAGCCCAUGAUCUGUUCAGUACACCAGACUGUUUUUCGGGAAGGGGAGUGUGGUUCUUUGCUAGCACUUCUUAUUGACAGUUUAAGUGAAAAUGAAAUGGUCUCCAGUUUGGCAUUGCAGAUGUCACUUUAUUUUAAUACCUACUAUUUCCCACUGUGGUGGGUGAGCAGCAUUAUGAUGCUUCACGUGAAGUAUUCAAUCUUGCCUGACUACUACAAAUUCAUUGUGAUCACUGUUAUCAUCCUAAUAACCUUAAUUGAAGCCAUCCGGUUGUAUCUGGGCUACAUGGGUAACCUACAGGAGAAGGUUCCUGAGUUGGCUGGCUUUUGGCUUUUGACCCUUCUAUUGCAGUUACCUUUAAUUCUUUUCUUGUUCUUUAAUGAAGGCCUGAUAAUUCUGCCCUUGGAAAAAGCGGUACAUAUCAUCUUCACUGUCUUCCUUGCUUUCCAAGUUGUUGCAGCAUUUCUUACCUUAAGGAAAAUGGUUAAUCAGUUGGCAGUUCGUUUCUACCUCCAAGACUUUGACCGGCUGUCUGCAAACAGAGGAGACAUGAGAAGGAUGAGGUCGUGUAUAGAAGAGAUCUGAUCCAGUGUUGUUGAGUGAAAAUCUGACAGAUCAUUCUAGAGACUGUAAGAGUUAGGAAAAUAUCAGAGCUCUAAUAUGAGAAAAGGGACAAAGCAAGUGUUUUGAAUUGUAUAUGCUCUCACUCUGCAAUUCCAAGGUUGGGGGCAAUGAUGAAACUUUGUACAGUAUAUGAAACAGUAUAUUAACCCUAAAACCUAGAUGUUGUCCACCUGAUGUCAAAUUUCUUAAUUUUUUUUUAUGUUGUUGUCUUUUUCAGGAGUGUAGAAAUCUAUGUAUUGGUGGUUGUCAUUUGCCAGAUCUCCUGUAGUAUUUCUGGUUAGAAUCUGUAACUAGAGAUGUAUACAUUUCUUUAAAACUUGUUGGUUAUCCAUGUCUUGUCUGUACAUAUGACCAUGUUUCUUGACAUGGAAAUGCCAGUCAGUGUUCCUAUGUAUUUGACUAUAUUUAUAAACCAAGAGACCGGCCGGACACAGUGGCUCACGCCUGUAAUCCCAGCACUUUGGGAGGCCGGGGUGGGCAGAUCACGAGGUCAGAAGAUCGAGACCAUCCUGGCAAACAUGGUGAAACCCAGCCUCUACUAAAAAUACAAAAAAAAAAUUAGCUGGGCGUGGUUGCAGGCGCCUGUAGUCCCAGCUACUUGGGAGACUGAGGCAGGAGAAUGGUGUGAACCCAGGAGGCAGAGCUUGCAGUGAGCCGAGAUCAAGCCACUGCACUCUGUCCUGGGUGACAGAGCGAGACUUAUCUCAAAAAAAUAAAUAAAUAAAAAAUAAACCAAGAGACCAAAUUUUCAUGUCUGCUAGGGUUAAAUUCUAACCCUAAUAUUAGCUGUUAUACUGAGAUGAAGAAGAAAACAGGUGGAUUGCCUUGGUAUUUAGGAAAUAUUUUUGUUAUAAAAUUAUAACUUUCGUAAAACCAUAUUCAGUAUUUGUAAUGGUGGUGUACAAAAUGCUUUUACAAUAAAUUAUUAAAUAUUUAAGGUAUUAGCAACAAA